AUGACAACUCCGAUGACAACUCCGCAGCCUACCAACGCCCAACCUCCAAUCGCAACACCCGAAUCCGAAAUGUCGCUCCGCGCCACAACCCUCGUCACAAACCUCUCCGCCGUGACAGCGCGCAUCACCUCUGCUUCCGCCUCCGCCAAUGUCUCUCAAACCCGGCCCCAAGCCCAAAGACCCCAAUGCCCCGUCCGCCUCGUCGCCGUCUCCAAACUAAAACCCGCCUCCGACAUCCAGAUCCUCCACCAGUACAGCCCCGCCUUGCAUUUUGGCGAAAAUUACCUCCAGGAGCUACUAGAGAAGUCCAAAAUCCUCCCUCCCGGGAUCCGCUGGCAUUUCAUCGGCGGACUACAGUCUAACAAGUGCGUGACGCUGGCGCGCGAUGUGAGGGGCCUGUGGGCGGUGGAGAGCGUGGAUUCGGAGAAAAAGGCUAGCUUGCUGGAUCGGGGGUGGGGGGAAAGGAGUACGCAGGCAGGGGUGGGUGAAGAUGCUGCGACUACCACUGCUGCUGCUUCUGCUUCAGAAGGACGUGAUGCUGGUGCAGACGGGGAUCGAUUGCGAGUCUUCGUCCAGGUAAACACGUCUGGUGAAGACAGUAAGUCUGGUGUCGAACCGGCGGAGGCGGUGCGUCUCUGUCGAUAUAUCCGGGAGCAGUGUCCGCGGCUAAAAUUGCAGGGUUUAAUGACGAUUGGGGCCAUAGCGAGGUCCAGAGCGACGACGAUGGAAAAUAAGAAUGAGGAUUUUUUGUGUCUGAGGGAGACGAAAGAAAGGGUGGAAAAGGAGCUUGGGUUGUUGGAGGGUGAUGAAGAGGCGGGUGAAGGUUUGGAGCUGAGUAUGGGCAUGAGUGGAGACUUUGAAGGGGCGAUUGCGAUGGGGAGUACUCAAGUUAGGGUGGGGAGUGUCCUCCGGUUAGACUAG